AUGGGCAAUCGCAUCUCUUGCAAGCACUUUCAAUCUCAUCACCAUGGAAAAGGAAUCAUCAAGCUCAUCAAGUACGAUGGCACCGUCAAAAUCUAUAACCGACCGCUUCAUGUAUCCGAGAUAGUUGAUGAGUUUCCGAAGUACAUGGUCUGUCCUUCUGAUUCAUUUUACAUAGGCCAGAUAAUCCCAUCACUUUCAGAGGAAGAUAAGCUUCAGUUGGGACAAAACUAUUUGCUUCUGCCUAAACACUUGUUUCAUUCCGUCUUUACAUUUACUUUCUUUCUUCAGUGCCAAUCUGGUUGUGCCCUUUUAGCCAAAAAUGCCUCCAGUAAUUGCCGGCCCUUUGAUAUACAGAAAACACCUUCUGGGAGUCUCAGAAUAAGGGUGUCUGAAGAAUUCAUAACACAGUUGAUAGAGCAAGGAAAGAUCAAAGAAAAUGAAGAUCGGCAGCCCAGUUUGGAUAAAAAUAUUAGAGUGUGCAAUACACCUCAGUUGCAGAAAGACUACCAACAGCUGGUUGGGCAAAGACAAUGGAAACCUAAGCUGGAUACAAUUUCUGAGAGGCAUCACAAGAAGAAAAUCUCAAUUAAAAGAAAGAAGAAAAUUCAUUCCCAUAGUUCUCAGGGGUCAAUAAAGCAAGAAGAUAUAUCAAAAGACCUCAUCUUGAGACGGCAUUAG